AUGACUGUCUCUGGAAGUGAACGCACCAAAAAAUCAAUAAAGUCAUAUGCAGCUCUCAUCCGAAUGCAAGGAACUAAGCACAACAUGCCGAACACCCUUAGCAGAAUGCAGCACACCCUUCACGCGACUCGCCCAAUAUCUCACGGCGCUUCGUGCAAGGCGAUGUGAGAGCCUGGUCCGGUGAGAACCCAGCGUGCUUCGUCCCGGCUUUGUAGGGAUGCGAGGUCAAUGGUCUAACGACUACGGCAUGCACGACUAUGAUUCCCCCCCCCCCCCCCCCCUCAUUCUAGACUUAAGUGGGUUGGCGCUGUUGGAAAAGCGCUGUAAAACAGGCCACCCCAAAUAUAGCACCCAAAGUAUGCGCUACCAAAGACGCUUGACGCAUGGAUUAGUGGAGUGAGGAAACCUUCCGGAAACCUCACAGGUUGAGUGAUGUAGGAGAUUGCCAGACACAUUAACGUGUUGAGUAAAUAUGGCUGUAUACUGAAACCCCAAGGGUUGAGUGAGGUUAGAGAUUGCCAGACACAUGGACGGGUUGAGUGGGGAUAGCUGCUUACUGACGCCCCACGGGUUGAGUGAUGUUGGAGUGCCGGACACAUAGACGCGUUGAGUGAGGAUAGACACAUAAUGAGCCUCACAGGUGAUUUUUGAUGGAGAUUGCCGGACGCGUAGACGUGUUGAGUGAGCAUAGCUGCAUACUGAAACCUCACAGAUGCAUUGUUUGCCAGACACAUAGACGCGCUGAGUGGGGAUAGCUACAUACUGA